CCAGCCUCAAUCAUACUUCAAUGGAAGCCAAACGGGCACGUUUUGAAGCAGAUAAGACUGGGUGCAAAAAGGAAUCGCCACCACCGCAUCAAGGCAAACGGAAAAAAUGCUGGCCGGGCCUUGCCCUCCAAGCGCCGUCACUCACCACGACUUCUCGAUUUCUAUCGUUGGGCAUUGCCGGCGUACAACAGCUCAUGGCGGCCGUUCUCGGCGGCGGCCACUUACGUCUCCCAUUAGAGCGUCGCAAGAGGGUAGCCCUUUGCAGUUUCGGAAGCUCGGCGAUUCUGAGCUCGAAAUCAGCGAAAUAACAAUGGGAACCAUGACAUAUGGGCAGCAGAACACAGAGAAGGAAGCUCAUGAGUUGCUAAGCUAUGCAUUUGAUCGGGGAAUCAACAUUCUAGAUACGGCAGAGGCUUAUCCAGUCCCAAUGAAGAAGGAGACAAAUGGGAGGACAGAUCUAUAUAUAGGCCGUUGGAUGAAAUCAAGGCCACGUGAGAAGGUAAUAUUAGCUACCAAGGUUUGUGGUUACUCCGAGCAAGCUACUUACAUUCGUGAUAAUGCACAAGUCUUGCGAGUUGAUGCUACAAAUGUGAAGGAGAGUGUAGAAAAGAGUCUUAAGAGACUGUCCACUGAUUACAUUGAUUUGCUUCAAAUACAUUGGCCAGAUCGAUAUGUUCCAUUAUUUGGUGAAUUUGCGUACAAUUAUGACAAGUGGAGACCAAGUGUGCCAUUUGCUGAACAACUCGGGGCUUUUCAGGAACUCAUCAAUGAUGGAAAGGUACGUUAUAUCGGAGUAUCAAAUGAAACGUCAUUUGGCGUCAUGGAGUUUCUCAAUGCAGCAAAGAUCGGAGGACUCCCAAAAAUCAUUAGCAUUCAGAACAACUACAGCUUGCUUGUUAGGUGCCGAUUCGAAGUUGAUCUUAUUGAAGUGUGCCACCCCAACAACUACAACAUAGGAUUUCUUGCUUUUUCUCCAUUGGGUGGUGGAAAUCUGAGUGGAAAGUAUUUAGACCAAAAUUCUGAAGCUGCAACAAAGGGCAGGCUUAACCUCUUCCCAGGCUACAUGGCAAGAUAUAAAAAUUCAUUAUCAAAGGAAGCUACUGAAUUAUAUGUUCAACUGGCCAAGAAACAUGGCCUCACCCCAGUCCAACUAGCUCUAGCGUUCGUACGAGACCGCCCCUUUGUGACCAGUUCAAUCAUCGGCGCGACCUCACUUGAUCAGCUCAAAGAAGACAUUGAUGCAUUUAUAUCGACUCCUAGACGAUUGCCGCCAGAAGUUGCGGAUGACAUAGAGCUCAUCUUUAAAAGAUACAAGGAUCCAUCAAUCUUAUGAUGACAUGAAUUUGCAUUGUCAGCUAAAUUUAACUUUCCCUAACAUGGUUGUCAAUUGAUGGUUUCCUGAGAAUGGCUGCACAUACAAAAUGAGAUUUUUAAGGAUUUCAAUUUUUUUUUUCCUUUCAUUUUUAAGGGUUUAGAAGUCCAUGUUGUUGAAGAAAAUCUUGUUUAUAUAUCAAUUUAUAAAGGAUCAUAAUACAUGGCAUG